UCAUGUAUAUAAGACGGUCUUCCCACCUCACUCACAUCAAGUAGUCAGUUGAAUGUAACCCUCAUAUACCUUCCAUUUCAGCAAGAACUUUCUAAGCAGUUGAGAUACCUGCCGUCUACUCUUAAAAGUUUGAUAGUAUUUGAAGAUUCCUACCGUUUUUAUCCAAUUUUCCAGUCGCUCCAGCACUCAGCCAACCGUUUCCAGAAUCUGUUCACCCCUCGCGAAAUGCCCGAGGGGGUUUUGGCAGAGAAAAGCCUCGAUUUAGAACAUCUUGCCAUCACCUUCAUGGUUGAUGCCGAACGGAUCUUUCGAUGCUGUAACCCAGAAUAGACAUGGCAACACUUGCAAUCUGUGGCACUCACAUCGUAUCUCUUGCAUCUAGAGAACGAGCACGAUAUAGCACUCGAAGAUUUGUUACACGAAGCAGGGAACCUUGCACAGCAGAUGCCUAAGUUAUAUGCGUUUGUACUGUGGAAUGGUGGAAGGGGGCAUGCCUGCGUAUUUAUAUAUCACGUAGAGCGUGGAUCUGCUUCGGUCACUUGGCGCGGAACAUGGACUCUCCAGCUUAGUCCUAAGGUGGUCAAAUCAUGGCAGCUUGCUGCCAGGAAGCUGCUUCGUCGUGUAAUCCACCUCCCAAAGAAUUCCGAGGACGUUCAGCAGUCCCUCCGUGAUCCCAGAGGUGCAAAUUAUCUGACAAUCCGUUCUCCUGGAGAUGCAAUUUACUACCUACAACUGCCCUGCCAGGUCGUUGAGCCCAAGUCGCUUUGGCAAAUGAGGAGAGAAGGACGUAUUACAAAGUUUUAAUCGCAUUAUAUAUGGCGGUCUUUUACUCGGUUCUUUCAGAGUACGUCGUCGAGCAUCAACCCGGUCUCUGCGCUUCAGGGUCGAUAGAUGGCAGGGCUCAUGGGAAGAGACUUUUCCCCGACGCGCACGUUCUUCUCCUAUUGGUUACUGGUAGACAAAGUACUCUGCUUAUGCUAGCAUAACCAUGAGUACUGUCCCUGCGUUGCCAUGCGAAUGUCAAUUAUGCUUUAGUUUCUCCUGCUCUCCUGAUUUCCCUGGCUUUCUGUAAUUCCAAACACGCCAUAUGCAGCGAAGAAGAUAAUCACGGCUCUGGACACAGCCGGCCGACACUUGGUCUUAGGCCAAGACUUCAGCCGGACGCCGCGGCGUCUCCCGCACUAACACCAUCACCGACGCGGCCGGAGCCCAAGAAGCUGCCGCUUAGGACGGAUCCCACUUACAAGUAGCAGUAGGUCUGGAGGGCAACACCGAGACCGGGCGUCUCAGAAAGCGCUGGAGCGAGCCAGAAGGCGCCUGAGACAUAGGCUGCUUUACGGCACCGACAAUCGUGAGUUACU